AUGUGGAAAUUGUUUGCCUAUCUAUUUAUGGCCUUUGUAGUGCAAGCGCGUAAUCUGCGGAAGAGACAGGCAAUAUGCGCAGAUGUGUGCGAUCCUUCUCGCUGCCCGUCGGCUCUGGAGUCUUGUUAUUUCGGGGUGGUGAAGGACGGCUGCGGCUGCUGCACGGUUUGCGCGGCGGGAGAGGGGGACGCUUGCUGGAAGCGAGGACAUGGAGUUUGCGGUCACGGGAUGACCUGUGAACAUCCACCGGGAAGGCGCACCGCCGAGCGCGGCACGUGCGUUUGCGACACGCACGAGCCGGUGUGCGGCAGCGACGGCAGAACUUAUCCCAGUAUAUGUCGACUGAAAGCGGAGAACAGACGGGCUGAGCUGAGCGGCACACCCGCUGUCAUCUUCAUCCAGAGAGGGCCCUGCGAGACUGGUUCUCGGAAUCCGAGCAGCAUGCGCUACAAAUUUAACUUCAUCGCAGAUGUGGUGGAUAAGAUUGCCCCUGCUGUGGUUCAUCUAGAACUAUUCCGAAGACUCCCAUAUUCCAACCAAGAGGUUGCUGUGUCUAGUGGUUCAGGAUUCAUAGUGUCAGAGGAUGGCUGGAUCAUCACUAAUGCACAUGUACUAUCCAACAAGCAACGUAUCAAAGUGGAGCUGAACAGUGGGAUGCUCUAUGAUGCCACUAUCAAAGAUGCGGAUCGAAAAUUAGACAUAGCUCUCAUUAAGAUUGACUCAGAUACUCCCCUGCCUGUGAUUUUGCUCGGCCAUUCAUCGGACCUGAGGCCAGGGGAGUUCGUGGUGGCUGUGGGAAGCCCAUUUUCCCUUCAAAACACAGUAACAACGGGCAUCAUCAGCACGACCCGCAGAGGAGGCCAUGAACUCGGCCUGCAGAACUCAGAUAUGGACUAUAUCCAGACAGAUGCCAUUAUCAAUUACGGAAACUCAGGAGGACCCCUUGUUAACUUGGACGGAGAUGUCAUCGGCAUAAAUACAUUGAAGGUUACGCCAGGCAUAUCAUUUGCCAUCCCCUCAGACCGCAUUCGCCAGUUCCUCGCAGACUCCUACAGCAGACAAAUGAAAGGAGGAACGCUGAGUAAAAAGAGAUAUAUGGGAGUGCGAAUGCUUCAACUUUCAGCUGCUUUGAUUAGGGAUCUCAGAGAGAGGGAUAGCAGCUUCCCAGAUGUGAGCUCAGGGGUGUACGUGUAUGAGGUUAUUCCGGGGACAGCUGCAUAUAGUGCUGGUCUGCUAAGCCACGACGUGAUAAUCAGCAUUAAUGGACAAGCGGUUCAUUCUACAGAAGAUGUGAGUCAGGCCGUACAGUCGGGUGAAAGUCUGUCGGUCGUGAUGUGGCGCGCCAACGAAGAAAUUACACUAACAGUGGUUCCUGAUGAAGUGGACUGAGAAGCUGCUUUGCAGAUUUACUUUGAGUUUGUACAACUCUAAACAAUGCAACAUCCAUUAGCAUAAAUUACUUGAAGAGAAUAUUACCGUAUCAAAAAUUCAGUGUUGUUAUGUGCCAUGUUAACUUGUUUUGAUAGAAAUGCAGAAACAAAAGGUAUAUUUUUUGCAACAUAUAAGAUACAAUAAGCUUUCUAUUUUAUAUGCUAGAUAAAAGCAUGUCUUGUUUUAUUACGCAUACUGUAUAUAAUGUAUAUAAUAUCCUAUGUCCUGUUAUUUUUUAAUUGUGAAGUUUGCAGUUGCAUUCUGUAAUACAUGGUCUGGUUAAAUAAAGCACUGAUUUGUAAAUGUUCAUUUAAUUCAUAAUAACUUGUAAAAAAGCUUUUAGAUUAAGAGGCUUGUAGUACAUUUAAACAUUUAGAAUUCAAGUACAUCUAAAUUUUACAUUUAUGCAUUUGGCAGACACUUUUAUCCAAAGCGACUUACAUUGCGAUAUCCUAUAUAUUUAUACAUGGGUAUGUGCAAUCCCCUGGGAUCGAACCCAUGUUCAACAUACAAGCCACAUGUAAUUACUACCUGCUGCUUUUUUAUAAAAGCACCAAGUCCUUAGUGUGCUUGCUACGAAGCUAAAAUUGCUUAAUGAACUAUGACGACAUUAUUAUUUAGCAAUAAACAUGAAUGUUUUACAACACACCCCAGCGUGCCCCUUUCUUUCAGUAGAACCCAUGUUCACUGACAAAUCACAUACAUCAUGAUCAAGGGACACACACAAUGCACAGAAAAUUGUAUAGAAUGUAAACUUUUAACACAGUGUUCUACAUAUUUGUGGGGUAUACUGCUUUUGUCAUAAAGCCACUGGAACGCUGCCAAGGGAUGCAUGUUUAAUCCAACCUAUUAACUUUAAACGUUUUCUGUGCAAGCACAACAUCUGUCCAUUGACAACCCAAUGUAUGUGUUCAUCU